CUUCCCAGCCUUCUCGAAAGUGGCAGCACUCAGGUCAUCAAGAACACCGCUGUUCAGCAAAUAUCCGACGUCCAGAAACAGCAUCCAGAUGAACUUUUCAAUCUACUGACGCGCGUUAUUCCCUUCCUGCGCUCAAAGAACUGGGACACAAGGGUUGCUGCUGCCAAGGCCGUCGGUGGCAUUGUUGAGAAUGCCGAGAAGUACGACCCCAAUACUGAAGACGAACCCAUCAAGGAUCAAUCAAACGGUCAUGUCAAAUCUGAAGGGACUAACGGUUCUGCCGUCAAGAAGGAAGAGAAUGGCGAUGAUAGCCUCUCGCCCAGCGAAGACCAACUUGAUCUUAGCAGUCUCGACAUCGCUUCCAUUCUGAAGUUCGGCAAAACCCUCUUGGCUAGCGCCGGCAGGGAGUAUGACUUCAAACUCGCAGCCAUGGACCCUGCAGCACGCUUGUCACAUCAAAAGAAGAGCCUCACCGCCCGACUUGGUCUCGGUGGGGAAUAUAUUGAAGAAGAUCUAGUUACAGAGAACGAUAUCACUAUCCAAACUCCUGGUACUAGAACUCCUGCGAUGCAUCGUCUGGACACUUCCGUCUCCCGGUCUGACAGCAUCACUUCAGCAUCAUGUGCAUCCCCUCCUCCAGGGGCCACGCCUACCAGUGAACAACAGCCCAAUUUGAGCAAACGCCAGCUCAAUAUGCUUAAGCGCAAGGCGAAGAAAGAUGUCCAGAACCGAGCAAACAAAGUACAUAUUGUCGAUCUCGGUCCAGGUCGU